UUAUUACUUAUCUAUGUUAUUACUCGUCUAUGAAUAGUGUUUGGAGUUUAAAAUACAUUAAUCAUUAAUAUUAAAUCAAGUAUAUUCUAAUGUGAACGUAUUUACCGUUCUUAUUUUUGACCUGCGCCUUUGUAGAUUUAUUUGAUAGGUAAAACUGUUAUUCUCUUAAAUUGAUAUUUAAGAGAAUGACGAAUGAUAAGUGCUUACUAUGGAACUUACUGUAAUACCUUUUGUAUAAUUAGCUUAAAACGUGACUUAUAUUUUUUCGGCUUUAUUUUCGAGCUCAGUAUCUAAUGGAAUCGAUUGGUUUACAACUAAAUAAUAAAAAAUAUGAAAAAAAUUACUCUCUUAAGGCUGUGCGUAAAACAAAUUAUUGUCGUAGGCCUGGUUCAAUAUACAAGAGUUUAAUUGGAAACUCCAACAUUGUAAAAACGAGUAAAUACUUUGAAAACCCAAUGGGAAAACAAUGGAUACCACCUAGAUCUCCUUACGCUCUUAUACAAGAGGACCUGUUCCACAAUCCUUGGCAAUUGUUGAUUGCUACGAUAUUUUUAACUAAAGUUACUGCAAAAUUAGCAUUACCAAAAAUACACGAGUUUCUUCAAAAGUGGCCUAAACCAGAAAAUGUGAUGCAAGCCGACUCUGAAGAUUUACUUUGCUCUGUCGAAAGUUUAGGAUUAGAAAACACUCGAGUAAAGACUAUAAAAGGGUUUACAGCUGAUUUUUUAAACAAAAACUGGACAUAUCCUAUAGAAUUAUACGGCAUCGGAAAAUAUGGCAAUGAUUCGUACAGAUUGUUUUGUGUUAAUGAAUGGAAAUGUGUACAACCAGAUGAUAUUUUAUUGUCCAAGUAUAAAGACUGGUUGACACAGAAUGAAAAAAUUCUUGGAUUAUAAUAUUUAUAACUGUUAUGAUUUAUUUUUUUUAACUAUUAAUUUUAAGUCUUUUUGUUUAUAUUUAUUAACAUUUACCAAAAACUUUAUAUUUUUUUAAAACUAAGUUAUGUGAUGUAUUUACUUAUAUAUAUAUAUAAAUUAAGUUUAUGAAAAAAAGAAAUGUUGUCUUUUUAAAUAACUUAAAACAGCUGUUAUGUAUUUGAUGUUAGCUCAUAAAAAUAAUUUUUAAAUAAAAUAUUUAAAGUUAAGUAGUUCUAAACUUAGAGUAUUAGGUACGAGAACACAGUGUAAAUGCAUAGAUUUUUGGCAUUGUGGAUCCGUAUAACCCACCACGAUUUAAUAUUUAAACAUGAUUAUUAUGAUACAAUAAAAUACAUUAUGAUAGUAUUAAACUGUAUAAAAUUUAGUUAUAGUUGAGCAUAUAUAUUUUUAUUGCAAAAAACAUAAAUAUAAUAAAACACACGGUUGAAUAAUAUCGAGUAUAUAUAAUAAUAAUAACUAUGUUACAUCUCGGUAAAAAAUGUUGUAGUGUGAAAAUGUUCACGCAAAUUUUAGAUUGACCUCCAGGCUAAAAACAUCUAUGUUAAAAGGAAAUUUAAUGUGUUGAGCGCUGUAUAUGUUAUCUUUCUAU